AUGCCUCUACCCUUGGAUUAUCCAACCAAAAAUUCACGUUCGCUUCUACCACACAAACGUCAGGAGCAAAUACAGGAAAAAUCAUAUCAUUGCACCUGCAAAGGUCUAGUGGUACUUACUGUAGGCCUUGUGACUGCUAGCAAGGCUGAGAAAGUCGAAAAGAAAUGCAGGAAUGGGUAUUGCAGGGAAGAGCCUGCGUGGAAACCCAUGGAAUCAUCAACAUAUCUUGCUUUACCAAGUGGCGGCUUAUAUUUACUAUCUACGCGCGCUGUGUAUCUACAGAACAGGCUGCAUUCAUCACAAAGGGAAAAAAAAAAAAAAACAUUGAUUCCCCAGGAAUCUCCAACCGCCGCCCGGGCCGAAAGCGCCUGGAACCAACGCAUCCAGAUGCCAACGCCACAAACCGCGGAUCGACCGCGCCGCCCAGCUACGCGAUCCGGGUUCGAUAUUGUUGUGAUAUGCGCACUUACUCUGGAGGCUGAUGCUGUUGGAGCUGCCCUGGAUGUCAUCUGGGAUAAUGAUGACGAUCCCGCGCCGCCCUUUCUCAAGGCUCCGCACGACCCAAACACUUACUGCACCGGCGCGAUUGGCCGCCACAACGUCGUCCUCGCGUAUAUGCCGGGCAUGGGAAAAGUUAACGCGGCCCUUGUCGCGGCCAACUGCCGGCUCAGCUUCCCCAAUAUCCGGCUUGCCUUGGUCGUCGGCGUCUGCGGCGUCGCCCCUUACACCCCCGGUGGCAGUGAGGAGAUUCUUCUGGGCGACGUGAUUAUCAGUACCGGGGUUGUGCAAUACGAUAUUGGGCGGCGUCUGCCCGAUGGGUUCCAUCGGAAGGAUACGCUGCUGGAUACGCUGGGAAGGCCGAAUCUCGAGAUCCGCGGCCUACUUGCGAAGUUGCAGGGUAUCGAGGAGCGAAGGCAACUUGGCGCCGCGAUGUCUACUUGUCUCGAGGAUCUGCAGACCAAGCCGCCGCUUUCAGCGGGAUACCCAGGUGCAAUCUAUGAUGUGCUUUUCGAGGCGACAUAUCUCCAUGCCGGGGAGAAGAUGUCGUGCGAGGAAUCAGGGUGUGAUGGGACCCUUGUUCAACGCAAGCGUCUCGAGUAUCGCACGUCUAGCGACCCGCCGGGGGUACAUUUCGGGCUUGUCGCGUCCGGCGAUACGGUGGUCAAGUGUGGGGCUGAUCGCGACCGUCUCGCAGCAACCGAGGGUGUGAUUGCAUUCGAGAUGGAGAGCGCCGGGGUUUGGGAUCUCUUCCCCUGCGUCGUGAUCAAGGGCGCCUGUGACUACGCGGAUAGCCACAAGUCCAAGGUCUGGCAGCGCUAUGCAGCAGCUACUGCGGCUGCUUGUUUGAAGGUGUUUUUGGGCCAUUGGAGGCCCGCCGUACCUGCAGGACUGAACCCUGCACAGCCUGCUGGUCCGUUUUUCAUCGUCCCAUACCCCAAAAACAAAGCCUUCGUAGGCCGCCGUCCGUUCCUCGACAAACUCCGAGAAACAGUUCUAGUAUCUUCACCACCGAGACUGGCAAUCUUCGGCCUCGGCGGGAUCGGGUCUGUGGACGGUUUUUCGUUUUUCAGCAUCACCCCGUCCGUAUUCAUGUGUGCCGUAUUCUCUAACGAGCCUCUCUCAGGAAAACCCAGAUCGCGAUCGAGCACGCAUAUUGGCUCCAGGAGAAUUGCCCGGAUAUCUCCGUCUUCUGGGUCCACGCGGGCACUGAAGAACGGUUCCGCGACGGGUACGCGCGUAUCGCAGAGGAGUGCCACAUCCCAGGGACUCACGAUCCCGAAGCCGACCUGCUGCAGAUAG